AACUCCGAUGUCUGAGUGUAAUUGAAUGCAGCAACAGAUGACCCUCCCUGUAUGUAUGCUGCAGCUCGUCGUCCCUCCAGCGGGCAGCAGUUUCGUCUUCCACCGGCCCUGGCAGCUUUCUGUGCAGCCUCUCCCAGUCCCGGCCGCACACAACUGUUGAUGGCUUGUUUUUUCCUGUUAAACGUGCUUGUCGGGUUUCCAACUUCCACUAGUAAAAAAUACAGAACGACCGCCGAUGGAUAAUGGCGGAGCUGUUUUGUUGAAGCGUGUUUUAGUGACUCGUGUUUGAUUUUGUGAGGGACGGAUUAAACUUCACUAAACCCAAAUAUAGAUCGACUUAAACCCAAAUAGAUCCAGUUAUUCCAGUCGAGCACUUCCGCAUUUCAAAGCUUAGAUUUUAGAUUAAACGCACAGAGAGAACAAAGACAACCUGCUAAUCCCCGAGAUUAUACAAACCUUUAUUCAACAGUUUGUCCCACCUCCCUUGUAUUUGUACAAUAAUAACCAUUGUUUGUAUUAUCAAUGACAGUGUCCCGUUUUCAGCCAGGGGUUUUCACCUUGAUAGAAAAGCCACUAGAUGGCGCUGUAGAAUAGUAUUUCCCACAUAAAAAUGCUGUCGUGGAUGAGGAGCAGUUCUCUCAACACUGAGUUGAUUUUCAGGAAAGACCCAUUUAACGCGAAAGUUGGGAAGACUUAGAGGAUGAUUCUUUAUUUUUAGAAAUAGCUUAUUUUUAUCAAAAUGAAGUCCAGAAGUCUCAUCUGUUAUUAAGAGAUUCCUUUUAAAUCCAAUCUUCUUAAGACUUCUGUGUGAUCAUUUUGAUCAUUUAGCAACUGUUUUUUUCUCCUUGUAGACUUUUGAAUAGGAAACGUAAUCAACCAAAACCCACAGAAACCAAAGAAUAAUUGAUAAUAAGAGAGAAAGAAAGAAAUGUAGACAACUUAAAAAAAACAACAACAACAAAAUGUCUCUCAGCUGAUCCAAUUUGAAUGAACUAACUCUCUUAGUUCCAUUGACAUUUUAUUCACUGAGGAGGGAUGUGUGGAAAAUAUCCAACCAUUAGUCUAAAUUAAAUUAAAUGUCUCAGUUGUAUGAUAAUUCAUAUGCCACUAUUUUCCCCCUAAAGUAACAGCAGUGUGCAUCUCGUUUACCUAAUAAAAAUUACAAUAGCCUAUAUUUAUAUGAAAGUUCAAAAUUAUCUCUGAUGCGUUAAUUACUCUUAUCUCCUCUUAAAUAGGCUUUGCAGCAUCAAACAGAACUGGAGUGUUAUUUCAUAAAAUGACAGUGUGGCUGUCCCAUCAUAUAGUCUAACAGUCUAUAGUCUCCAUCACUCAGUGUCGAUAUGAUCAUCAGCGCGCCGCGGACGCACUGUAUUAAAGCAUGGAAAACACCUGGUUUACAUUUCGUAUACGUACGAGCAUGUAUUAUCACCUUAAGUUCACACCCAAGCUCUGAAUUACGAACACAGCCGCCUUGAUCCAGAUCUCAUCCUCCCACAGAAACACGGACAGAGUCUUCAUUGGUGCUCCUGAAACCCUGCAGAGCACUGGAGCUAUCGGGUGUCAAUCAGAGAGAGAGACAGAGAGAGAGAGAGAGAGAGAGGGAGAGAGAGACGCAUGGGAUGCUGAUGACUGAUCCUCACUGAGAGGAUGAUAUCGAUCAGGCUUGCAGAUUCUUUCCCCUCCAGUUUGAUAAACAUGCUGAUGUGCGCAAUCAAACCUUUUCUGCUCCUUCUAGGCUAAUUGGAUCAGGUAAUGCGAGCAGCGGCUGCACACUGGAUGGGAAAGCCGAGAUAUCAAUGCAGAACUCUUCAGCGCUGUUCGGGAUGGUCAGCCACUGUCAGACCCCAACUUUCACAGACUUCACCGCCGGCUUGUCGCUCUCCGUGUACGGCAGCAAGGCGGACAUCUGUGCGCGCCGAGCCGGGAGCGGCGGUUUCGGAUCUCAGAUUUGCCGGAGUCCCCAUGACACCCCGACUCACAUGAACUGCGCCAGCCCGAAGCGACUUAGCACGCCGGAGGAAAAAGCGCAUCUGUCAGCCAAAGCCCAGCGCUCCUGCUUCACCCUCCCACCCGUGCAAGUAAAUGGUGCAUACUGCUCAGAGAAGGAUGUAGACGCUGAGCUGGGUGACUCUGAGGGCACCCUGAUGCGAUGUGGGCAGAGCUUGCCACUGCCAGUGGGGGGUCAUUCAGGGGGGCUUUACCCCCAGAGCCUCCACUGCGACAGACCUACAGCCGACCUCCUUCUGCAGGACGGCCCUCACCAAGACACCAGAUCCUCGUCUGCCUUCCAGAGGACCCUGACGGGGGCCUCAUCCGGCCUGAGCUGCGGCAUUGCCAACGGGGCUCGAUCCUCUCUCCCUUACCCAAUCAAACAAGAAAACUCAAUGGGUUACAAGGUUUCCAGCAUGGGGCCAGGGGUCCAUAGUACGUCUCAGGUUGGGUUUCAGAACUCUAGGGCUGGCAUAGUUUUGGGUUUGCCGAGGGACGAGAUGGUUGGAGCUGCACACAACAGCGGUAGUGGCGUAUGCACAGUGAGCAGCGUAGGCAAUGCUGUGUCAGGAGACGCAGCGCAACCGUUUAAUAAUGAAGAUGGCUCCUCCCCGCUGGCUUUGUCCCCAACUAGCUCCCGUCAUUCAGCGCGGCUGCUCAGUGCUAGCAGUCUGAAGAGACGUUGCCUGUCCCUGGUCUCGCAGUCCACCGGCGCUGCUGGCACCAGCAGCGUUGCUGUCACUGGGUCCCUGUCAGCUACCAGCGCUGCCUCCGAGGAGAUCAAUAUCACCGCCAUCAUCUGCUCCUCCUCCCAGAUGUCGAUGGUUGCCUGCGUCAACGGGUUCCGCACUAACCUCUCGCCCAGCCACACUAGCAGCGCCGGCUUCUCCUCCUCUUCUUCCUCCUCCUCUACGUCCCCACCCUCUAACUCCUGCUCACAGGAAGCCCCCCACAAGCCCCCGCCUCACGGCAGCCCCCAGCAGGCCACACUACAGGAGAGCUGUCAGCUAUCCUCACCUGCCACCUGCCUGCUGUCCCUUUCCUCCUCCUCCUCGUCCUCCUCUUCAGUGUCAUCAGUGGAGCCGGAGCAGGGCCAGGGGCUGUGUGAGGAGCAGGGCUCCAUGCAGCAGGGGCGCGGGGCUGGUGGAGCAGCCGGGGGAGAUGUGGGAGGAGGUGGAGGCUCAGAUGGGUUGGGGCUGCUGAUGAGUGGGGUCCUGAUGUCUGGGACGCUACAUUCGGGGCCUGACACUGGGGCUCUCUUGGAUGGGGGCCAAAGAUCAGGGGCUGCCCUCAAGCAGGAGCCCCUGGAUGACUUCUCUCCCAGUGAAGACGAACUCUUUCAGCACCACUAUCAUCAUCACCAUCACUUAAGUGGUCGCAGCGGGCACCUUCGUCACCCUCACCACCCGCCUCGACCUACCAUGCCUCCGCCCUACCACCUGCACCAAUAUGUGGGGCCCAGUUCUGGUGGCCUGCUACAUCACCAGAGCCAGCAAACAACACCAGUCUCUUCCCUGGGACUCAAACCGUCCUCUGGAGGCCCUCCUGGGUCCCACACAGCCUCAGAGCGAGAAGAAGUCGGAGGAGGAGGAGCAGCACUGGCUGAUAAGCAGGUGUGUCGCUGGAUUGACUGCAGUGCUGCGUAUGAGCAGCAGGAGGAGCUUGUGAGGCACAUUGAGAAGGUCCACAUCGACCAGCGCAAAGGUGAGGACUUCACCUGUUUCUGGGCUGGCUGCAUUCGCCGGUACAAGCCCUUCAACGCCCGCUACAAGCUGCUCAUUCACAUGAGGGUCCACUCUGGAGAGAAACCUAACAAGUGUAUGUUUGAAGGCUGUAACAAAGCGUUUUCACGUCUGGAGAACCUGAAGAUCCACCUGAGGAGCCACACAGGAGAGAAGCCGUACCUGUGCCAGCACCCCGGCUGCCAGAAAGCUUUCAGCAACUCCAGCGACCGCGCCAAGCAUCAGCGCACUCACCUGGACACGAAACCGUACGCGUGUCAGAUCCCCGGCUGUACCAAGCGAUACACAGAUCCCAGCUCCCUACGCAAACAUGUCAAGAUCCACUCGGCCAAAGAGCAACAGCUUCGGCCGUGCCCUCACCUGGAGCCGGACGUCUUGAGUGACUGUCUGUCCAUGCAGCACCUCCAGGGCUCUGCCCCCACGCAGCACCUCUACAACGGCAAAGAUGGACGUUCUCCAGGGCUGGGCCAAGACAUCUUCACAGGCCUGUACGCUGGCUCCAGCACCCCCCAUCACAGUGCCUCAGUGGAGCUCCUCUCCCCUACCCCCAACUCUGCCCCCGCCUCCGCCGCUGACCUACCCUCCCGACAACACCGAUUGGACCGAGACCUCGGCAGCCCUCAUCACCUGUCCCCGCUGGCUGCCAUGGAUGGCACAAGAGACGGGGUGUCGGGUCCCCUCCUGUCUCCCGGGAUGAAACAGGGAACAGGGACGCCUCCUCCUCCACUGGAGAAACAGCAUGUCCACCCACACCACAAGCCCUACUCUCACUACCACCACCAUCAGCCUGCCAACGACGAAUACCAAGGCAGCUUUCAGAGCUGCUUCCAUUUCGGAGACUCCUACAGGAUGGAGCAGACGGUUGGUGGUGUCCACGUCCCAGGAGACUCUCAUGCCUACGCUUCCCAUCAGCACAAUGGCUUCCACAUGUCUACUAGCAACACUGGCUCUGCAGGCUUCAGCUUGACCCAGGAGCUGCAAGGCGGAGCAGGGUGCCAGUUCUCUUCGAGCCCAGAGGAGAGCAUUUUCUUCCAGGUGGGCAGCUUUGAACGCAGCCUGAGCCACAUCUCCUCCGUCUACACAGAGACAUAAGAGCAACACUGGAGCAGGGCACGCUUCACCACACCUACUCUAACUCCUCUGCAGUCCAACUCCUUCCAAAUGCAUCUGCACACACCUGGAUCACCUCUUCUCUUGUUCCUGCUUUCCUGUUUCUCUCCAUACAAGAUAUGGGUCACAUACUGAAUCAAAAUCAUUUUAUAGUUCAGUCUAAUCAACUUAGGUGCCAGGUGGAUGAGAGCCAUAAAGGUGAAAGAGACAUAAACAAGUUUUGGAAGUCAGUUUAACAUACAGUAAUGUGAUUGACUACUUAAUUACCUGACACUAUCUGAAUGGUCAAGAUGCUAAUUACACCCGUCUAAUACUCCAAGUAGGUAAGAACAGUGGAUCCCAACCCCUUAAUACAAAGAAGGUAUCUCAUUGCGACGACUCAUCAGUUUUUUUCCCUUGUAUUAUGUGAAUUUUAAGUAGGUAAAUUUAUCAAGUAACUCACACGAAAAAAAGGUCAGAGAUCAGAGGAAAGUCUUACAAAAUAAACAAAAUUGGAUGCAGAAAAAAUUCCUGCUGCUUUCCUAUCCUGUUAAUAAUUAUCUUCAGAUUUGUUGUGCAAACCUGUCACUUUUAACAAAGGAACAUCAUUUAAAGAAAUUAUAAUGACGGGUUUUUUUUUUUUGUUGAUUGUUUGUUUUUUUUGGUCCAGCCUUAGUUUUACUGACAGGGGGAGCUGAAGAAUAAUGAUCUUUUAAAACAUCUACAGGCUUUCCUACUCAGAUUCAGAAUCUCUUUUAUUGGCCAAUUACGAAUCGCAUACAAUGAAUCUGACUUCAUUACAUUGGUGCUAAGACUUGCACACUUGCAGUACAAUCAGACCAAGUUUACACAUGUAGUUUUUCAGCUUUAAUAUAUAAACUUCAAAGGCUACAAAACUUCUGAAUGGACUUCAGAUGAAAUGUCCUUUCCAUCCUCAUGUUUUUUCUCUCUAAUCUACAUCUUUCAAUCUAUUUUAGACUGAAGUGUAGAGAAGAAUAUAUCAUUUUGCUGUGUUGUUUUAGCAGUGGAAAAAAAUGUGUUUGCAUUUCUGUAUUUUGUUGUUAUGUGUUUUUUUUUUUUUUUUUUUGCUUUUGGAUUUAUUUCUGGAGGAGGGUUUGGGCUCAUCAAUUCUGCAAUAAUGCAGAGAAACCAACCUACUUUAUUAUUAUUAUUAUUAUAAUAUUAUUAUUAUAUGUAUAAAAUGUA